UUUUCCUAUUGCACUGUCACUGUCAGGUCACUGUGUCUGUGAAAUCUGAAUUAUAAAAUGUCUAAGAAAAAGCUAUGUGUAGCAAAGUUCUGCCCUAACGUAAGUGAUUCAACUAACAAGAUUUUCAUUAGUGUGCCAGCCCCUGCAGAAAAAAAUAAAAGAAGUGUUUGGCUUAAUGCCUGUGGACGUAAUCCAGCUGAAAUUAAGAACAGUCAUGUAUACGUUUGUGAAGACCAUUUCAAUAUGGAAGUUGAUUGCAAAAACCUGGCAGAGUACAAAAGUGGACGCCACAAAAAAAUUUUGAUGAACAAAAAUGUCAUUCCCCACAUAUUUCCAUUACUGAAAUCUCUUGCAACAACAAGCACAUCCAAUUUAGUAGAAGAACCAACAAGUGUUACACCAACAUCCUGCAUUUCUUUUAUCGAAGGAGAUGUUAAUGAAAGAGAACACCUCAAUUUCUGCCACUCAAAUGUCACUGAUUACAUCAGCCAAGAAAAUUUUGUCGAAGAACCAAUAAUUCUUACUCCAACAUCCAGUGGGUUUGUUAUUGGAGAAGAAGUCAAUGAAAGAGAACAUUUCAACUUCUCCAACUCAAAUGUCAAUGACAUUAGCCAUCAGCCAAUAUCCAUUCAGUUGAAAGAUAUUGGUGUGCAAACUGACAAACACUUUAAAACGUGUGUACCAGUUCGAAGCAAGGCAGUUCAAACUAAUAAAUUGGACUUCGCCAAGCAUGGCUUACUAGCCAAUGUAGCAUGCUCACCUUUUGGUUCACCUUGGAAGGUAACGUUUAGUGAUUCUAAAGCUUCCCCUGUCAAACACGGAAGUACUAAAAGAAUAUUAGAAAUUCCAUCGGAAGAAGAAGAACUGUCAUCAUCUUCAACAGGAGAGAGUUGUGGUGACCUAUCAGAAUCAGAUUCAUGUAAAAGCUUUGAAGAAGUUAACAAUCUGGAUACCAUGUUAUUUCGAAACACCAGUUUACUUAGAACAAGAAAGUUACUGAAUAUGGACCCUAGAGUAUAUCUAGGUAUCCUACCAGAACGUAUUUCCUUUAUUCAUCUUUUGUCGAACAAAUUUUCAUGUAAUGACGGCUUUUUUACUUCUCACGAUGCUGUAUGUCUGAUUUUUAGAAAAAUUAGGUUGAAUGAGUCUUUCGUAGUCCUUGCUUACGAAUUCGGAUUAAGCCCACGACAAGCAUGUAGGAUUUUUAAUCGAUAUGUUAGUUUUAUUGCAGACCAUGUUCUGGAGAUCAUUGUGUGGCCUAACAGUAAUUCUUUAAAAAGAGCAUUGCCGGUUUCGUUUAGGAAAAAUUAUAGCAGGGUCCAAUCAAUAAUAGACUGCUUCGAAAUAGAAAUACAAAAGCCAAGUGAUCCCGUUAAUCAAGCACUUACUUGGUCUGAGUACAAGGGAUGCAACACCUUGAAAUAUCUCGUUUCGAUAACUCCUGACGGUUUAAUUAAUUUUGUUUCAACAGGAUAUGGAGGCAGAACCACUGACGAAGUGGUAACUGCCCAGAGUAAAUUUCUUGAAAAGCUACAGCCGGGAGUUCAUGUUAUGGCAGACCGAGGUUUCAAAAGAAUAGAACCUUUCAUAUCCAGCAAAAAGUGUGUUUUAGUUCGUCCAUCAUCGGUGUCAUCAGGUGUACAUUCAAGCAAGAGAGAUGUUAUUGAUAGUAGAAGGAUUUCAGGUUUACGCAUUCAUGUGGAAAGAGCUAUUAGGCGAAUACGUGAGUUUAGUUUUGUUUCCCCUCAUGCAUGCAUAACAAACCAGCAACUUAAGCAUGUUGAUGAUGUAAUAAAAAUUGUUUGUGGCCUUGUAAAUUUGCAAAAUCCUUUAAUAAAGUAAGUAAAAUUUUA